ACUUUGGCUUCUUAAUACCUCUCCCUCUAUAUAAGUAAGACAACAUCAAGUUUAAGAAAUUAUCCCCUCCUCCAUUCAUUGCUCAGAAAUAUGGCUAAUUCUAGCACAAUGGGUCUUUGCUUCUUUGCCAUCUUAAUUCUUCUACUUCCAUCAACAACGGCUCAAUCAGAAACGUAUAUUAUCCAUAUGGAUUCAUCAGCCAUGCCAAAAGUUUUUUCUAGCCAUCAUGCUUGGUACUUGGCCACUCUUUCUUCUGUAUUAAACAGCUCAAGUCUUGACAGUACAAUUAGCAGAAACUCCCUGGCCUCCUCAAAACUAGUCUAUGCUUAUACUGAUGCCAUACAUGGUUUCAGUGCAAGUCUUUCUCCUUCUGAGCACGAAGCCAUCAAAAAUUCUCCAGGCUAUGUUUCUUCAGUGAAGGACAUGACAGUAAAACUUCACACGAGCCACACGUCCUACUUCCUUGGCCUCAACUCAAUGUCUGGUGCAUGGCCAAAGUCAGACUAUGGCAAAGGUGUUAUCAUUGGUGUAGUUGAUUCAGGGGUUUGGCCAGAGAGUAAAAGCUACAGUGAUGAUGGGAUGAGUCAGGUUCCAUCAAGAUGGAAAGGAGCAUGUGUAAGUGGCACUCAGUUUAAUUCUUCUUUGUGCAACAAAAAGCUCAUUGGAGCCCGUUAUUACAACAAAGGCCUACUUGCUAAAGUGAAAAAUCUUACCAUCACAAUGAAUUCUCCCCGUGAUACAGAUGGACAUGGAACUCACACUUCCUCAACUGCUGCAGGAAAUCUUGUAGAGGGUGCAUCUUACUUUGACUAUGCCCCUGGCACUAUUAGAGGCGUGGCGCCAAAGGCUCAUGUGGCCGUGUACAAGGCUUUCUGGGGUGGAGGUGGUGCCUCAUCUGAUAUUCUGGCUGCAAUGGAUCAGGCAAUUAUGGAUAAGGUGGAUGUCUUAUCCUUGUCAUUCGGCUUCGACUACCCACCUCCACUAUAUAUGGAUACUGCUGUUAUUGCUGCAUAUAGAGCAAUGGAGAAAGGUAUAUUCGUUUCCGCCUCAGCAGGAAAUGGUGGGUCAGACGAUCGAUCUUUAAGUAACGAGGCACCUUGGAUUCUCUCUGUUGCUGCCAGCACAGUUAAUCGCGCCCUUUUCAGGAAUUUAACUCUUGGUAAUGGAGUUUCAAUUGAAGGAUUCUCUCUCUACGCUGGGAAUUCCAGUUCAAGCGAUACCUCCAUUGUCUUACUUAAAACAUGCUUAGAUAAGAAGGAAUUUCAAAAUGUCACGGACAAAUUUGUUGUCUGCCUUGACAAAAACGGGUUAAUAGAUAACCAGGUUGAAAAUGUGAGAGAUUCAAAAGCUGCUGGUGCUAUCUUCAUAUCAAAUGACGUUGUCACAUACGUGGAAUUAUUCAUCAAAACAGAAUUCCCAGCCGUUUUUUUGAAUCUCAAAGAUGGUGAUGAAGUUUUGAAGUACAUCAACUGCAGCUCCAUGCCAAAAGCAAGGAUUGGACUCCAAGGGACACGAAUUGGUGUCCAAUCAGCACCAGCAGUAGCACAUUUUAGUUCGAGGGGACCAUCAAAGUACUGCCCCUUCAUCCUCAAACCCGACCUGACAGCUCCUGGUGACUUGAUACUAGCUUCAUGGCCUCCAAUAGCAUCAGUGAGUGGCAAAUUUGAACUUUACAAUAUAUUCAACAUUGAUUCCGGUACAUCAAUGUCAUGUCCACAUGCUGCUGGUGUAGCUGCACUUCUGAAAGAGGCGCACCCUGAAUGGAGCCCUGCUGCCAUCCGAUCAGCCAUGAUGACUACAGCAUAUGUGUUGGACAACACACAGAGCCCCAUCCAAGACAUAGGUAAACAGAAUGCUGCUGCCACACCCCUUGCUAUAGGAGCUGGCCAUAUCAAUCCUAAUAAGGCAAUGGAUCCUGGACUCAUCUAUGACAUAACUCCACAAGAUUACAUUAAUCUUCUUUGUGCUCUAAAUCUCACAUCGAAACAGAUAAAAACCAUCACUAGGUCCUAUUAUACUUGCUCCAGCCCAUCAUUGGACCUAAACUAUCCAUCUUUCAUUGGUUAUUUCAAUAGUAACAGCAGCAAGUCGGAUCCUACAAGGAUACAGGAAUUCCAGAGGACAGUCACUAAUGUAGGAGAUAAUGUAUCAGAAUAUACAGCAAUGCUGGCUCCAAUGCCUGGAUUUAAAGUUAGUGUUGUUCCUGAAAAGUUGGUUUUCAAAGAGAAGUAUGAAAAGCAAAGCUACAAGCUGAGGAUUGAAGGUCCAACACUAAUGGAUGAUUCUCUGGUUCAUGGUUCUGUACGCUGGGUGGAAAAGAGAGGUAAAUAUGUGGUGAGGAGUCCCAUUGUUGCCACAAGCCUAAACGAUGAUCCUUUUUUCAGGACGCGCUGAUUACUGAAUAUACACUAAGUUGUCUUCUGAGAAUAUGAUAUGCAAAAUACAUACUUGUGAAGUAAAACAAUAUGGUUCACAAUAUUAUUGCCAUGUCAGACAGUAAAAGAUUUUUCAGGUUGAUGAAAUAAAAGUUUCUGCGAUGAUUAAUUGA